UUGUUUAAAGCGUUAUUAAUUUAUCAUAUCGUUUCGUGAAGACUGCGAGUGGAAUAAAGACGGACAGAUAUUCCUCCGGCCUCUGACGUCCUCGUCACCUGCGAACAUCGAUCGCAACGCCUCUAGUGGCUACUAAAGAAAUAAAAAGUGACACACAAAAUGAUCCAUCUCCACCUCUGAAGUUCCAGACCUGUAUAUAAGACCGUGGUUCUAACAAUCAGAUUGCCGAUUAAAAAUCAAUUUUCCCCAAAAAGAAUCCCGAUUCUUUGUUAUAUUAACAGGCUUCUUACGACGUGCUUGCUUGAUAACCUAGAAAAGUAACGAUGGCCGCGAAAGGCAUACACAGUUUAAGAUUCAAUCAGGAUCAAGGAUGUUUCACGUGUUGCAUGGAGACUGGACUGAGGAUCUACAAUGUCGAACCGCUGGUCGAGAAGGCGCACUUCGACAACGAUUUAAUGGGAAGCAUCUCCAUAGCGGAGAUGCUCUGGAGGACGAACGUGAUCGCCGUGGUGGGUGGCGGGAAUCGUGCCAAGUUCGCCGAUAACACCGUCCUGAUCUACGAUGAUCUCUCGAAGAAGUUUGUCAUGGAGGUCACUUUUACCAGCCCCAUCAAGGCAGUCAGAUUACGAAGGGACAAAAUGGUGGUGGCUCUGCAGCGAGAGAUCCAUGUAUUUUCGUUUCCCACGCCUAUCCGAAGGUUGCUAACGUUGGAAACAAAAGAUAACCCGGCCGGAUUAAUGGAAAUAGCAACGUUUGCAACAGCGCAGAAACAAUUGUUAGCUUUCCCCGGCCACAAGCUUGGUAGCAUACAAUUAGUAGAUCUCGGAGCUACCGAAGCGGGAAGUUCCAGUGCUCCUGUUACUCUUUCAGCGCAUCAGGGUGCAUUAGCUUGCCUGGCAGUCAAUGGCAACGGGACAAUGAUUGCGACCGCGUCUGUCCAGGGAACCCUGAUCAGGGUAUGGGACUCUAUACGCAGGAGUUUACUGGUCGAACUGAGACGCGGUGCCGAUCCUGCUACACUCUAUUGCAUAACGUUCAGCAGGGACUCGGAGUUUCUAUGCGCCUCCAGCGAUAAGGGGACAGUGCAUAUAUUUGCUCUAAAGAACACUAGCUUAAAUCGACGAUCCACUUUCUCGAACAUGGGCUUCCUGGGUAAUUACGUCGAAAGUCAAUGGGCACUGGCUACUUUCACGGUACCUCCGGAAUGCGCGUGCGUCUGCGCGUUUGGUACACGUAAUUCCGUGAUAGCUGUAUGCAUGGACGGCACGUUUCACAAAUACGUUUUCACCGCGGAGGGCAACUGCAAUCGGCAGGCAUUCGAUGUUUUUCUUGACGUGUGUGACGACGAUGAUUUUUAACACAAGGCCUACGUGUAUGUUUAUGUAUAUAUGUAUAGUCUUAAGACUGUGUACAUGCAAAGAAAUUUCUAGUCGACUGUGAGCAAAAUUUCCGACGUGCGAUAAUUGUACGGUUAAUUCAAUCGCCGAUUACAAGUGGAAAGCGUACAAGUGGUGGAGAGAAGUUCAUGUUCCAGUUUUCACUUGCGUACAAACUCGACUCUUACGACUUGUGUGCUUUCAAUAGUUGUAAUCAUGUACAGCUAUAAUAAAUAUUAAUGAACAUUUAUUUUGUACAG